GACGGUUAAGCGCUCCUGCAGAAAAAGGACUUGACACACAUGUCAACAAAUAAGAUAAAUUAAUACUAGCUAGCAACACAGCAGCGUCUGGUCUCCCAUCCAGGACCAAACCUACUUAGCCUCAGAGGAAAGCCAGCAGAGGGAUGCAGGGUGGCAUGCCAAGGUGUGCCAGUGUAGAAUAGGCUGACCCCUCGCUGCACCUAUAGGUCCUCUGCUGUCUCCAUGACCACCCCUCCCAUAGUGGCGUUCGCCGGGCAGCAGGCUCAGGCUGCCCGUGAUGUCAACACGGCGUCGCUCUGUCGCAUCGGCCAGGAGACGGUGCAGGAUAUCGUCUUACGCACCAUGGAGAUCUUCCAGCUGUUGAGGAACAUGCAGCUGCCAAAUGGAGUGACGUACCACCCCAGCACCCACCAGGACAGGCUGGGCAAACUGCAGGAGCACCUGCGUAUGCUCUCUGUACUCUUCCGCAAGCUGCGCCUCGUCUAUGACAAAUGUAACGAAAACUGCACCGGUUUGGACCCCGUACCCCCAGAGCAACUCAUCCCCUACGUGGAGGACGACAGCUCCAAACACGAUGAGCGCUUGGCCAGCCAGGCCCGCCCGGCAACAGAGGAGAGGAGAGAAAUCCUGGAGGUUAACAAGAAGCUCAAACAGAAGAACCAACAGCUGAAGCAGAUAAUGGACCAGCUCAGAAACCUCAUCUGGGAGAUAAACUCCAUGCUGGCUGUUAGGAGUUGAACGGCAAACACGGCGACAGAGACACAGAGACACACAGGCGCAGGCGCGCAUACACACACACACACACACACACACACACACACACACACACACACAC